GUGAUUAUAGCAGUUUGGUAUACUGAGUCAUUUAAGAAUAACAGAAACAUAUGGCUACGAUACUUACUGAAACUAUUGUUCAAUCUUUUCCUUUUUAUUCAGUUACGAUUUCGAAUAGAAAAAAAAGAAGGCUAUGACCGUGCCAAGACUCGAACUUGGGACCGUCUGCGAACAUCAAAUGUUAAGCAGAAAUUAUAACCAUCUAAACCACACGGCCUUCGUUGUGUAAUUUGAAGAUAAAAGUCCUCUAAAAUAAGUGUGUAAACAAUGCACUGAUGAAAUUGUAGCAGAUGUGCUAACGAAAUUACAUGAAAGGAUAUGUUUUACCAGGUAUAUUUUUAUCAAAAGGGUGAAAGAUAAAAGUAGCAGUUUGUUGUCCUUGUCUCUUUUAAUGAGUUGGAAUCUAUGGCUUGCGCGUUUGCAAGCACCCUCACUAAACUUUACGAAUAAGAUACCAAAGACAUUACCUUUCAAGCCUUCCAAAGGUCCCUUGUAUAUCGUUUUCUAAGGGGGUUUUAAAGAAUUAUAAAUUAUAUAUUUAGAUGGUUUAUUGCUGUCCGUCCUGAUUGCUAAUCUCCAGACCCGUAGAAUCUGCAUUAUUUGAAUUCUUUUCAGGGCUUACUUACACCAAGUAACUGUGAAGCGUUAAAUUUAUCAAAUGGAUUUUCUAAAGUCUGCAGCAUCACUCAUUUCAAAGGCAAACUUUAUGUUUCCUUAUGAUCUAUAUGAAAAAGUGCCAUUGCCGACAGGAUCAUGGUGGACUUUACAUAACGGAAGAAUUAAGCAAACGGGUGAACAGUGCAGCAUCUUCUCUAUUCCGAUUACAGCAAACCCGGAAUUGGUAAAACUUACUGAACAAGCCGCUGAUCAGUUCAAAGUUAUCCGACAUCCUUGCAUCAUAAAAAUACUGGAAACUCACAAAGACUCUACCGCACUAUACAUAGCUACAGAGGUUGUGCGCCCGCUAAUAGAUGAAUUGGGUUCAUCUAAUAAUAACCAAAAACAAUGCGGUUUAUGGAGAAUAGCUUCCGCUCUAUCUUUCCUAGAAGAAAAAAGCUUAAUCCACGGAAAUGUUCAGAUGUCUUCCGUCUAUCUUAACGAAAGCUACGAAUGGGUAUUGGGAGACUUUUUUCUUGUUGGCUCUAAUUAUGAUACCUUUAAAAAAAAUUUCCAGAUACUUAAUCCCUUCAAUUCUUUAGCCUCUUCUAGUGUAAGGGAACUUGUUUUACAUCGAGAAUAUUCUCAGGUAGAUUGCAUCGAGUUUACUUAUUUGGCCUACCAGGUUUUCGAUUCGAUAAACGAUAAAGCCGUUGACUUUAACCAAAGAGAAAACGUGCCUGCUAAUAUGCAUGGUUCAUUGAAGAAGUUAAUUUCGCAGGGUUCUAAACAAAGGAUUAGUAUAUCUGAAUUUUUACGACUUGGUGAAAGACCCGGUGGUUUCUUUCGAUCCAAUUUUAUUGUCUUGGUGAAUAUGAUUAACAAAAUGCAAAUCCACGACCCAGCUGAUUGUCAAAAGUUUUUUGAUUUGCUUAAAACUAAUUUAACUUUCCUAUCUUCGAAUUAUCUUCAAAAAAAAGCACUGCCUCUGAUUUUUUUGAGUCUGAAGUCUGAUGCAUUCGCUAAUGCAUCGGAACUUCUAUUUUCAAUUGCAUAUACUAUAAAAAAUAAUAAGGAUUUUGAAAAAGACUUCGGAAUUCCGUUCCUAUCGUGCCUGAAAACUGUCAAUAAUAGAGUACGGACUUUGCUGGUUGAUGCAUUGUAUAAACAUAACGAUUUACUACCGCCUGUUUUAACCAGCGAUGAUGCCUUUUUAUUAUACUGCAACUUUGUCAAGUUUAAUGACGCAAAACUAAAGUUCUCUGCAAUUUUGCUUUACUCCGCCAUAGCUUCAAAAAUUUCCAAAAAAGCAUUAAAUAACGACCUAUUGCGCACACUCGCUUUAUUACAAAAUGAUGCUCAACCUUCUAUUAGGAUCAAUUCGAUCAUAUGUCUAGGAAAGAUUUCAGAGCUGUUGGACCAACAAAUUCGCACACGUGUCUUGGUGGCUGCAUUGUCUAAGUCACUUAAAGAUCCUAUUGCCGAUGCCCGAAAAGCUACUUUGGAUGUCAUGCUAGCCACAGCAGCCUAUUUUUCAGUAAAGGAACUGGCAUCAAAGCUCCUUCCAUGUGUAGUACCUCUAUUGGUGGAUGAUAAUGAGUCUAUAUGCGUUUCAUCCGAAGAAGUAACCCAGAAAUUUCUAAACCGAAUUAAAGACUAUAAUGAAGGACGAGAUGAAAAUAUGAGUGAUGUUCCUAGCAAAUCAUUUCUCAACAUUUUCUUCCGUCCAGCUUCCACGCCUCGACCAAAAGAAAGCAGCACCAAUCUAUCUGAAGGAGUCCAUAAUUCUCGAGAGUUUACUAGUAAUGAAGAUACCAAAUGGCGCCCUGAAAAUACUGCUCUAAAUCGGGGAAAAUCUAAUGCUGUUUCGUUAGCCGACGAAACCGAGGAUCAACUUGAUGAUGAAUGGAUGCAAGAUUGGGAUGACAAUGUAGAAGACGAUUUAAGCAGCGAAGUUAAUAAUUGGGGGUUAUAGUGCUAACAAACAUCUUCUACUUGUAUGAAUCACAAAAAGAACUACUAUGGUAUGUGAAAGUGAUACCAAAUACAGAUAUAAUAGUUCAAUA